AUGUGUGACUAUCCCGAUCCCGAUGAAGAAUACGAACUCAUGUAUUCAGAUGAGUUCGAGCUAAUACGAGAAAUCGAAGAUAAGACAGGUUCAAACCUAAUUAAAAAAAAGUCACUACCAGCGAAAAGAAGUCUAGAUUUCUCAAAUCAUAAUGCUAAUGAUAUACCUGAUGAAAAGGAUGAUAAAAAAGAAUCGGAAAAAAAAGAUGAUGCAAUAUCUUUAACACCUAGUUUACAAAAUAUGGAUGAUGUCCUUAUCUCUUCAACAAAUUCUUCAAACAAAAGAACUGCAGAGGAUUUAUUUGGUGAUAUAGGUGACAUUGACUUUGAUAGUAUAGAGUUGCCAAGUAAAAGACAGAAGACAGAAGAGGAAACUGAUAUGGACUUAAUUAAUAAAAUUUUGGAGGGAAGAAGACUUAAACAAAUGUUAUUAGAGCCUGCAAAUCGUGUUAAUGUUGAUAAGAAAGUGAGCUUUGAUGUGAAAGAAAAUAUAUCAAUUAAUAUACCAAGAUGGUCUUUUGUCCCAAUAACAAAUGCUAAUGGAGACCGUUUAUAUAUAAGACUUGAAUCUGAAGAUGCUUGGGAUAAAUCAUUAGACAUUAAUACAGGACAGCUGUCACUACGAGCUACUUAUGCCUCUGUAUGGGAAGAAGCACACAAAAUUCUAGAAAACAAAGAACAAGAAAGAAUUAAAAAGGAAGAAGAAGUAUCAGAGGCUGCACCACAUGGAGAAAAUGAGAGUGCUAUGUUAUGGGUUGAAAAGUACCGUCCACAUUCUUAUCUUGAUCUUUUGUCUGAGGAACCUGUUAAUAGGGCUUUGCUGCACUGGCUACAUCUUUGGGAUAAGGUGGUGUUUAAAAAGGAAGUAAAAAUGAAGGAUCCUCAACAACGCAACAGUUUCAGCAAGAGGGCCGGUCAGUUCCAAUUGACAAACAAAUGGAAGGGCAAGAAAGAGUCUGAGCCUGAGAUAGACGAAGACGGACGACCGCACCAUAAGGUCGCAUUGCUGUGUGGACCUCCUGGAGUUGGAAAGACUACUUUGGCACACCUUUUAGCUCGAUUAGCUGGUUAUAGACCAGUGGAAUUAAAUGCGUCGGAUGAACGAAGUGCUGAAGCGUUUAGAAAUGCUUUAGUGAGUGCUACGUCAAUGCGGUCGGUGCUGGACGCUGAGAAAAGGCCUAAUUGUCUCAUAUUGGACGAGAUUGACGGCGCCCCUGUUCAAACGGUCGAACUGCUAGUGAAAUGGUGCACGACCACACUUACGGAAGGCAAUAAGAAAAAGAGCAAGUCGCAGCCGCUCAGGCGUCCAGUAAUUGCUAUAUGUAAUGAUUUGUAUGCAACUUCGUUACGACCUUUAAGAGCAAAACCUGGCAGACCGAGUUCGGUAUAUCUUGCGCCAAAUAUAUUUGAUGUCGCCGAACUCGAACGGCUACGACGUGAGGCUGUUCCCUCGUCGGAUGAGAAUGCUACGGCUGAGGAUGCGGCGCCACAAAUGGUAGAGCAACCCGCAAACGUGGAUGCCGCCGUGAAAACCCCAGUUGUGGUUGAUUCAAACGAUGAUGGAACAGUCGCCCAGGAACUGGAAUUAGAGCAUAUGAGGAGUACAUUGGAAGAGGCGAUUGUGGAAACGCGCAGUACGCCUCUCGAAAAUCGACCGCGACUUCCCCGCAUAGCCCUAAGCAAGCGGAAUCGGGCUGUCGUGAGGGCUCUGAACCCAAUGCUGGUGACCUAUUUGGAAGCCAGCCGGGACCUUUGCGAGACGGACUCAAUUCUUUUUGGCGCCGCGCUGGCAACCUGCCGUAUCAUAGGCGCCAAGGUUUCCACGGCUGGACGCGCUACUGGCCAUAGUAGCGCUAUCCCAGCAUGGAGAAGAAGAAUUGAGGAACGUAUCGCAAAGGCUAGAGCUCUCAUCGGCAGACUGAUAUGCUUCAGAUCAGGCAACAACAGGCCAAGAAUUGUGCGCACCGUCAGGAUGGCGUUUGCUGGGACAAAUGUCAGUUUGUCCCAGCCGGAUAUAACGCAAAAACUGACGGAGCGCAUAGUUGAUCUGAAGCAGAGAAUCGCUGCUUGGGGAAAGCGGAUUCGGCGAUAUACCGAGAGGUCGACACGGUUCAACCAGAAUCGUCUCUUUCAGAGUGAUCAGAAGAGGCUCUAUGAAUCAUUGGAGCGACCAAUGGUAAGUGGAACGGGUCCAGCACCGAAUCAGGCCGACACUGUAGCAUUCUGGCGCGGCCUGUGGUCAGAGCCCGUAAACCACAGCGAGGGCCCUUGGACGGAAGUUGUGGCGACUCAGUGUGCGGGUAUUACGCCCAUGGACCCCGUCAUCAUAACGCCGGAUGACGUAGCUGAGGCGGUCCGUAGGGCCCCGAACUGGAAAAGUCCGGGGCUUGACGGGGUGCAUCACUACUGGCUGAAGGGGUUCAUGGUGUGUCAGUCUGUGCUUGCCCGACAGUUUCAAGAGGCUCUCAACCAGAAGUCGCUCCCAAGCCUCUUCACUACUGGGAUCACUCAUUUGGUUCAUAAAGACCAGGGUACCACAGACCCGAGCAAAUACCGCCCCAUCACGCCGGUAGCACUGAUCGUGACGGUUGGGUGCGUGACGGUGGCGCGGCUGGCGUCCCGACUGGUGGCGGUGGCGAGCUGCGAGCGAUUGCGGGUGGAGCCGCACGUGCUGAGCGCGCUGGCCGCCCGCGCCUGCGGGGACAUACGUAUGGCGCUCCACGUACUCAGCUUUCUGAGAUCCAAGUCUCAGCUGACAAUUCAAGAUAUAGAAAAUGUGGCCAUUGGUACAAAAGACACCAGUAAAAGUAUGAUGCAGGCAUUGCAAGCUAUAUUCACGCUUGAGGACGGAAAAUCUAAUGAUAUUUUGAGAACUAUCCAAGCUGCUGGUGAAUAUGACAGACUUAUAGAGGGCAUCUUCGAGAACUACCUAACGGCUCGUGUGGACUCGCGGUUGCUUAUUGCCUGUGAGACCAUGAGCUGGCUGCUAUUUUAUGACACCGUACAUUCUUGGACGAUGCGGAACCAGAACUAUUCGCUGUACGGAACCCUCCCAUUGUGUAUAGCGAGGUGUCAUAGACUGCUGGCUUCGAGAGCUCAGCAUAAGUUGAAGUUCCCUAUGCAGGGACAGGAGAUGUCCCGAAAGAAGACGGAAUUAGACAGCAUUGUAUUGUCAGUGUGGCGAGGAAGUAGUCCCAAUGUGGUUGUCAAUCGCAACGUAUUAAGGCUAGAUUUGUUACCAUUGUUGCCUUACUUGUUGACACCUACGUUACGAUCCGCAAAUAUACAGCUGUGCAGCGAAAGUGAACGGCAGACUCUGCGAGUGUGCGCGGGCGCCAUGUGCGACUACGGCCUGCAGUACAUACAGCAACGCACGCCCGAAGGACUGUACGCGUUCGUUCUCGAGCCCGAUAUACACAAGGUGGCGUUUUUAGGUAACGAAGAACGAGUUAGACCACAACCGGCAAUACGGCAGGCGAUAGCGAGGGAACAACAGUUGGAAAUGAUAAGGCGGAAUGAAGAAAUGGCUGGCAGGGUGAACCCUAGAAAAAACAAUGAAGCUAGUAAAAGUAAGAGGGAAGAUAAUACAGGAGAGAUUAACAGCGCGGACGGUAAGGAAUCGAGACUGCCGAACCACUUGCAGAGGUUGCAGCCGAAAGCUGUAGAAAAAAGCACGCCUCAGGUACAUAAAGACUUCUUCGGGAGAAUAGUACCAACGGCGCAGGCGCAUCGACAAGACGCUAUACCCGACGUGAUAUCAUCGAGCGGAGUUUUCUACCAAUACAGAGAAGGAUUCAACAACGCUGUGCGCCGGAAUGUGCGCUUGAGGGAUUUACUAUAA